AUGACCUCGACAGUGGAAUUGGCCGAGCCAUUAUCGUCACAGCGCAAUCUCAAAGCCAUCAGCCUGGCGUUCCACAACCAAAACGAUGAUCAAAAUCUGUCAUUACAACCCGUCCACUCGCACGACAGCGAUAUCGCCAAUGGGAGCUCGACCAAAAGCGAUAUCUCGAGUUUGGACAGCUCGCCCAAGAACCACUCAGACAGCCACCAUAAGGGUCUUACAGAUGAUGUGUCCGCUGAGAAACUAAGAGGAGGAAAAAUUGCAGACUCGGACGGCAACGUGAUGAGCGACGCCUCCGAUUCGGAGCUGGACACGGACGGCCCCGAACCCAUCAACCCCCAUGCUAAAUUGUCGGUCAAACUCAUGGACAAGAUGCUGGCCCUAGCUCUGCCUCCUAAAUCAGCUGCAGUGGCCAAGAGAGUCAGAAUCCAGCAGGGCCAGGACCCCUUUAGUAUGAAUCUAAUGGGAAAGAACUUCAGGGGCGUCACGUCGCGGUUCACCAUCAUCUACGAAACCUACUAUACCGUGCUGGAGAUUCUAAUGUGGAAGAGACCGUCUUUUACGCUAGGAGUUAUGGCCAUCUACUCUUUCAUCUGUUUGCAUCCCCGACUGCUGUUCAUCACCCCAUUGGCAUACAUCAUGUUCUGUGUCAUGGUUCCCGCGUACGCCUCCAGACACUACGACGUCCAGGAGAAUUAUUUGACCACCCAAUGGCCUACCAUUGAACCCAAGAUUCCUGCUCCUGCUCCCGAGUUUUCCAGAGACUUUUACAUCAACAUGGUGGACACACAAAAUGCGAUGACCGACUUCAUUCGCACUUAUGAUAUCGUUGCUGGCAUUCUGGCACACUUGAUCUACUUUGCUGGAGAUGAAUCACUCAGUGCUGCCAUCUACUUUGUUGGAAUGCUUGGGGUAGCUAUCUUUUAUGUAUACGGAGAUACCAUUCUCCGUAUCAUGCCAUGGCGCUUCUUCUUCUUUGUCUUUGGAUGGGCUGUCAUUCUACUGCUUAACCCGAUGCUGCAUAGAAUCGUCCUGAGAGAGUACAAGAAGCUCCCUCACGAGACCCGGGAGAAGUUCACACCUGAGGCUGUAAAGGAGGUGAUUGAUGAACUAGCAAGAGACGAGUUCCUGUACCAUACCGCCGAUGAUGUGAGAGUGAUAGAGGUAUUUGAGCUGCAAGAACUGGAUGUUCACACGAGACAAUGGAAGACGGCUACUUAUGUUGCCCAUCCUCACAUUCCGUCCAUGCUUCAUGAGCCCAAUUACUAUGCUGAUCCUGACGACUUGGGUUUGAGCCCUACCGCUUCAGCUGGAUCUGUUGACUCUGAAUCUCGAAUCCUACCUCAGUUCCGUCACACAAAUGGUAUUCCAGACAGGACCUUUUCGCCCCCGCCAACGACCAUGGGCGAGGCCAUCAGAAACAUUGAAGAGGAGGUGUCUAUGGCAACCUACGGGGUUAGUUCUCUUCAUCAGAUCCCUGCGCCCCCAGGAGUUUAUUCGUUAGAGGAAGUUCUACCUCCUACAGGAUGGACCUUCCUGGAGGUCCCUGAGAGAGAUAUGCUAUCUUCUCUACCGCGGUCGUCCGAUUGGGAAAUGGACUACAUGCCUGAACAGUGGGUAGCUUGGUGGGGUGCCUGGCGCAAGUACCUCGAGAUUGACCAGGACGAAAAGUGGGUCUAUGACAUUCUUCCCGACGGAUUCAGGGGUACUUGGAGAAGAAGACGGUGGACCAGUCUGUGCAAGCGAAAGUCGUAUCUGAAGUCCAAUGUUGUUGGUCGUGUCGGAGAACGGCGUGAGCACGAUUGA